AUGGCUCUCGUCAACGUUCGCCGCGAUGUCAGCGAUGCCUUCUAUCGCUACAAGAUGGAACGCAUCCAGACCAAGAUUGAAGGCAAAGGCAACGGCAUCAAGACUGUUGUCGUCAACCUGCCCAGCGUUGCCCAGUCCCUUGCCCGUCCCGGCUCCUAUGUCAUCAAGUACUUUGGUUUUGAGCUCGGUGCUCAGACCAACAUCGACCCCAAGGACGACCGUUGGAUCAUCAACGGCGCUCACGACGCCGCAAAGCUGCAGGAUCACCUCGAUGGCUUCAUCAACAAGUUUGUGCUCUGCAAGAAGUGCAAGAACCCUGAGACCGACGUCGUCAUCAAGGACGACCACAUCGUCCUCGACUGCAAGGCCUGCGGUCAGCGCACCGACGUCGACCUCCGCCUGAAGCUCAGCGGUUUCAUUCUCAAGAACCAGCCCAAGAAGGGCAAGAAGGACAAGGCUGAGCGCCGCGCCGCCAAGAAGGCCAAGCAGAACGGCCAGGCCAAAGAGAACGGCCAGGGCAGCGGCGAGGACGCCUCCGAGAAUGGCUCCAACGAGGCCGCCGAGAACGGCGACGUCAGCGAUGACGAGUUCCAAAAGAUGCAGGCCGAGGCAAUCACUGCCGCCAGCGCCGACGUCGAGGUUAAGGAGGACGAAUGGGCUGUCGACAUGAGCGAGGAGGCCGUCAAGGCCCGCCAGGCUCAGCUGCCCGGCGAGCUCAAGCAGAAGCUCAACAUUGGUGGCGACGACGAAGACGAGGACGGCGAGGGCGGUGGCAACACCGUCUACGACGAGUUUGGCAACUGGAUCAACCAGCAGGCCGAGGAAAAGGGCGGCAUUGACAACGUGGACUCCAUCAACAUCUACCUCAAGGCCAAGGAGCUCGGCAUCGAGUCCAAGCACCGCUCCGUUCUGGUUCUUGUGCAGACCAUUUUCGACAAGAACAUUGUGGCCCAGAUCCCCAAGCGAGCCAGCAUGCUCAAGCAGUUUGUCACCUCCGAGAAGCAUGAAAAGGCCCUGCUUGGCGGCACCGAGCGCCUGAUUGGCAGCCUCGGCAAGGAGAACCCCGAGAUGUUCCAGCAGGUCGUCAAGGUCCUGCAGCUGUACUACCACCACGACCUCGUCAGUGAGGAGGUGGUCAUCCCCUGGGGCUCCAAGGCCAGCAAGAAGUACGUCGACGUGUCGACCUCUCGCAAGGUCCGCAAGGCUGCCGAGCCCUUUAUCAACUGGCUCAAGGAGGCCGACGAGGAGGAAUCCUCGGAGGAGGACGAGUAA